CACAUAAACCAUUACCUCAAACACACCAAAACUAUAAUACUAAGCUUUCUAGUUUCAAAACAAUGGCUUCCAUCAAUGUUUUGUCAUUCAUGAUACCACUUCUUCUACUCAUAACUUUUUCAUCAAUCACAAAUGUUGAAGGAGCACGUAACCUUCAAAGCAUGCAUGAAGUUUCCAAAGUUGAGUUGCCAACACUACCAGUACCAACUCUACCAACACUACCUACUCUACCUGCAUUGCCACCACAACCUCAAUUACCAGCAGUUCCAAACCUAGGUGUUCCAAUCCCUGAUGUCCCUGUUGUACCAACUGUCCCUAAGAUUCCUGAAAUUCCUCAGAUUCCUAAGCCAGAGUUGCCUACUGUUCCAGCUGGCCCUAAACCAUAAAUAGAGAGUACUUAAAAAGUUUAUGAAUUAUAUGUACUAUAUAUUCCCAACUAUUUAAUGAGUGUGUUAAAGUUUGUUUAUGUUAUUUGAGAUUUUUCAUUUGUACUUUAUGAUUGUGUGUCAUAUUGAAGCACAUGUUGUGUUCAAUUUUAAAGUUGUUUGGGUGUGUUUUUAUUCCUACAACAUAUUGUUGACUGUGAUUUGUAUCAUUGAUUAAUGUGGCCUAAAUUAGUUAUUGUGUGUAAUAUAUUUAA